AUUACCAAAAUUAAUGGCAAAGUAAAAAAUAAAUUUAAUGUAACAAAUAAGAAAACUGAAAACAGUAAUUAACUUCAAAAAUGAAAGUUCCAGUAACAAUCAUAAAGCUCUCAAAGCUUUAUUUUUCCUACCUGCUCUGAAAUCUAGAAUUAGUGAAUCACUGAUACUAGGGAGGAGUGGUGUAAUUUGAAUCAGUUUAAAUUAAAAGCAUUUUGCUUCAAUGUAAUCAUAAAAUAAUUAUCAUUUACAUUGAAAAUCUAAAUGGUACAAGCUAGGCACAAGUACAAUUUUUGAUGACUGUAUUUUAUAAUAAUUUUACCAACUCUUAACAUGUUACUUAUAUUAGGCCCUGACUCAGACACUUAAAUGCACAAAACAUUUGAACAUAUACAUUGAACAUUUAAUACCAGAUGUAUUGAUUCACAUGGUAGCCAUAUUUGUUUAUGAAAUCUUAUCAAACGGGUAGCAGUUUUCUAAGCAAGGCUGUUUUUAAAGAAAAUGUCAAUACACUACAAAAAGAAUUGUCAUACGCACUCAAAUGGGAAUACGGCAAAUUCUGUGGCGAUAAGUACACCUCUCUCCAUUCACUCACUAGCUAAAUUCAGAAAUGUUAUAUAACGUUAUAUUAACUUCAAAACAUUUCACGUAGCCCUGUGUUUCUGCAAAUAUCGGCUCCUGUACCACAGGUUACACAAAUAUCCCAUAAAGCUGAUGGAAACAUGGAUUUACAUUUACAGGGCGUGGCACUACGUCCCAUGCAGUACUUGUAAUGAACAAAAUGGACUGAGAAGUUUGUGCUAUCUAAUCAUUGUCGUCAUAUUGUGUCGUUAACUUUUUUUAAAACAACAAAAGCUAAAAACUAAUUAGAGACCAAAAUGUAUCUGUGGCAUUUUAGAGUGAUUUGUUCACGCAGUAGAUAUAUUUUUGUCUGCUUGUAUUGGUCCACUUUUUCAGAAAGCCACUAGAUGGCGUCUGUAUAAGUGGAGCAAAAACAAGGGCGGAGUCUCCGAUACAAACAGACCAAUGAAGAGGCGAGAUGUGAGGACGUGGGCAAGUUUGAAAGUUUUGUUGAACAAAACAGACUUGUCCAUACGUCUCGCAUAAUACUAAAUAUUGUUCACACGUUACAUAGAUAUAUCUUUGUGAAAUACUCCUAGCAGCGGUAAGUUUGUAAAAAUGAUAACACUAGUACGAGCAUUUGUUGUUAUUACCACUGUGACUGUUGGCUAGCGUUAGUUGUGUCAGCAACGAGCACCGUUCAGCAUUCGCUAACCUAGCUAGUUAUUUAGCUACAUUGUUAGCGUUAGCUCGGUAAGGCUUCUGAUUGAGCCUCUGCUAUGUUAAAGGGUUUGGUUAUGCUCCAAAUGUUUAUGUGGGUGACCAUAAACAGCUAACUAUAGGUUAUGUUAAGUGGUAGCUGAAUCUGUCCCAAGAAGUCAAGACUCACCAGCUAGCUUCACAUAAAUGGUCGCGCUAGCUACCACAUUAGCGGAGUAACGUUGGCUUAGCUACAUUUUACUGAUCAACGUAGAUUCAAAUAUAUUACAAACUGCAAACCAGUCCUCUCUAUUUAAAGAGGUUUUUUUGUGUAUAUAAUAUCACAAAGACACAUCAGCAAAAAGUGAUUAUGUCGGUGCUCGAUGUGCUGAUGUAAGGGGAGAAUGAUUAUUCAUGUUUUAGGCAUGGAUGAUGACGAGAACACUGAUCGACAGCUGCAGAUAGCCAAAUUGUAUCAGAAGCUGGAGAAGAUGAAAAGAUAUUAUAACGAUGAUGACACAGACAAUAUUAACCAACUCAUCAGUUCAAAUUCACCAGAAUCUUGCCGCACUUUUUUGAGUAAUCUUGAGAAGAAGGGCAAUCCUCACACAGAUCCUACAUUUCUAUCCAAAUUAAUUGAUUUCUACACCCGAGUUUUUUCAAGCAUGCCAUUAGGAAAAUUCAGCCAGAAUGUAAGCUAUGCGAGGAUGCUGGUGAAAUUUGCAGAGCUAAAAUCUAUUCAGGAUGUUAACGAGGCACAGGAUAGUUUUGAAAUAGCAAGAUCCCAUUGCAAGGAUUUUGCCUUUGUCCACAUAGCUUAUGCUCAGUUUGAGCUUUUGCAAGGUAAUGAGAAGAAAAGUGCUUGGAUUCUUCAGGAGGCUUUUGAAAUGGGGGCUAAACCAUCAGAAGUUUUAGAAGCUGCAAUGCAAAAUCUGAAACUGGGCAGACGUCAACUGUUUUCCCAAGAGAAUAAAGAAAAUUUAGCAGCGACUGCACUUGAAAAUGCAAAGGAACCCAUGAAAAGCAGAUUAAUGUCUAAAGGCAUCUCCAGAGCAUCAGAUGAAUCAGAUGAUUUUCAUCUUGCCAGUGGUUUUUCUCUAGGAACUGAGUAUAAAAACAGCCCCCAGGAUGACCUCCCUGUCUGGCAAUAUGGCUCAGAACGCAAAAGAGCAAUGGCCAUGCCUGGGAGGAUACCAAUGGUGCCAUUAUCUAUACCUGAAAAUGAGAAUGUUGACAUUGUUUCCAAACCUGAGGCUUCCAGCUACAGCAGCAGUUUGUCUAGGUCAACAUAUCGCUCAAAUGCAAGCUUUGUUUUGCCGCUGUCUUCUGCAAAGAAGAAUUCUGGAGAUGGAGACUCUUACAACCUGCUAUGUCUGAAGCCACUUAUUAGUCCAGAGCCACGGCCUUGGGAGGACACUAGUGACGUGGACUCCACCACAGCACUCCUUAAUAGACCAGAAAGGAAAAUAACCACUAGAUUGGAUGACACCACUGACAACAUUAAUCAAAUCAUAAGCUCAAGCUCUCCCGAGGCAUGCCUUGCGUACCUCACAAACCUGGAGAAGCAAGAGGACCCUCGUGCAGAUUCUGCUUUUCUCUGCAGGCUGCUGGAAUGCUACUCUAAAGUGUUCUCUAGACUUCCCCUUGCACAGAAUAGCAAAACUGAAAGCUAUGCUCGCAUGCUAGUCAGAUAUGCUGAGUUGAAAGGAAUUGAAGAUCCUGAUGAUGCUGAGGAUAAUUUCCUUAUUGCUAGAACCAAUAGCAAAGCUUUUGCCUUUGUGCAUAUCGCUCAUGCUCAGUUUGAGCUGUCACGAGGUAAUACUAAGAAAAGCGCUUCCAUUCUGCAGAAGGCUUUGGCAUUAAAUGCCAAACCUGCUGAACUUCUCCAGAUGGCUGUGAAGAAUUUGAAGUCUGGAAAAACUCAGCUGCUCCCUACAGAGGAUAAAGAGGAUGUUGCAGAUGUAGUAGCCACUCACAGUGAUAGAGUGGGAAAGGAAGAAGAGUAUCCGCUAAGAAUUUCCAGAAAUGACCAUCAACGGAAGUCUUGUGCUGCGGAGAGUUUGUCAGAAUGGAGGAUUCCUGCACGCAUCAACAAACAUGCAUCUCCAGAGGAACAUAAGUCGCCUAUAGAUCAUAUUCCCACUCCACGCCCUCUUAACUCAGUGAGGACUUCCUCUGUGGCUGUGCCACCCAGGUUAAACCCAGCCACCGGCUUCCAGACACCCAACUGCAAAAACCCCCAAACAAACAGUUUUGUUACACCAGUGGUAAAGCAGACACCAGCUGUUGUGUCUGUUCCAUCUACAGCUCAAAGAGUCUGCCAUGCUUCGUUACCCUGCACACCACAGAGUCAGGGACCUGUCAGUGCCUUCUCCAAUGAGUCCAUCACAAUUAAAGGCAGACAGUUUUUCAUUUUGAAGAUGAUAGGCAGAGGUGGUUCCAGUAAGGUCUAUCAGGUUCUAGACCAGAAGAAACAGCUGUAUGCAGUGAAAUAUGUGAACUUGGAAGAAGCAGAUACUCAGACUGUUGAAAGCUACAAGAAUGAGAUUGAGCACUUGAAUCACCUACAGCAGUACAGUGACCAGAUCAUCAAGCUGUAUGACUAUGAGAUCACAGACAGCUACAUCUAUAUGUUGAUGGAGUGUGGCAACCUGGACCUCAACACCUGGCUACGUAACCGCAAGAGUGUCAGCUCACUGGAGAGAAAGUUCUACUGGAGGAAUAUGCUUGAGGCAGUGCAGACCAUUCAUAAGCAUGGUAUUGUCCAUAGUGACUUGAAGCCAGCUAAUUUUGUGAUUGUGAAUGCUUCCUUAAAGCUCAUAGACUUUGGCAUAGCCAACCACAUUCAGCCAGACAUGACAAGUGUUAUGAAGGACUCACAGGUGGGGACAUUAAACUACAUGCCUCCGGAGGCCAUUAAAGACACGUCAUCUAAUGGUGGAAAGCCAAGGUCAAAGAUCAGCCCGAAGGGUGAUGUGUGGUCACUUGGGUGUAUUCUGUACUGUAUGACCUAUGGGAAAACACCCUUCCAAAACAUCACUAACCAGAUCACCAAACUACAUGCCAUUAUUGAUCCGUCUCAUGAGAUUGACUUUCCUGACAUUUCUGAAAAGGAUUUGCUAGAUGUACUAAAGCGGUGUCUGGUACGGAAUCCCAAAGAACGCAUCUCCAUUGCAGAACUUAUGGAUCAUCCAUACUUACAACUGCAGCCUCAGCCACCACCUGAGCCAGAACCAUGCAAUAGUGACCUAAAGAGAAUUCUAAAUGAGCUGGCUGCCUUACAGUCUCCCAACAGCAUUGCCAGAGCUGCUAGUAACCUAGCAAAAAUGUGUAACAGUGGAAGAAAAUUGGAUGUUUCUGAAUGUGUGAAGAGAUCUAGUCAAUCCUCGUGGAAGUGAAGACUGUUCUGUGUGAAUCAUUAUCUUGACAACAUACACCAGCCAGUGGAUUGGAUAUCUUGAGAAAAUGGGAGGAGUUAUGUUUAAUUCUGCAUUGGAUUUUGCUCAUUUCUUUGACUGACACAAAAAUGCUAAUUUAAGACAUUUAUUUCUUAAAAAAAAAAAAACCUGUCAGUCUUGAUUUUAUCCUUAGCAACUUUUGUCACCUAAUUUUAGGAGUAUACAAUUCUCAAAUACAAAAUCCUUUUCAUAUUUUUUUUCUCCAAAUUUCACCUCCAUUUCUGUCUGUACAUUUAUAUAUU